AUCUAAAGGACUUAAAGUUUAAAACGUGACGUCACUUCUGCUCUCAGCCUCCAACCGUGUGGUUAGUCAGAAUGUGAGCGGAUGCAGAGUUUUGGGAGCUGAUUGCUGGGAUUUCUAUGUGGCUGCUUUUUGACCUACAAACUCAACCUUUUCCUCUGGGUCAUAUGGAUCAAUCGCUGUGUUUUCAAGGAUCGUUUUGUUUUAAUCAUCUGGACGACUAACUGGAGCCACAUGAAGAAUAAAGGGACUAAGCAGAAGUCCAAAAAGAAAGGAAGUGAAAAUGCGUUCGGCUGUGACCUGACAGAACAUCUCCAGAAUUCAGGACAAGAUGUUCCUCAGGUUCUGAAGAAAUGUGCAGAGUUUAUUGAAAAGCAUGGGAUUGUGGACGGGAUCUACAGACUGUCGGGGGUCACCUCAAAUAUCCAGCGUCUCAGGCAGGAAUUCUGCUCUGAGGCGUGCCCUGACCUUACAAAGGAAGUGUACCUCCAGGACAUCCACUGUGUGGGUUCCUUAUGUAAGCUGUACUUCAGGGAGCUACCCAAUCCUCUGCUCACAUACGAGCUAUACAGCAAAUUCACCGGAGUGGUCUCAGUCCAGGGUGAUCAUGAGAGACUUCUAUACAUUCAGAUGGUUAUCAAAGAACUGCCGACCCCUCACUUCAGGACUCUGGAGUACCUCAUGAAGCACUUGGCCCACCUCGCCACCUUAAGCACCCAGACAAACAUGCAUACACGUAACCUGGCCCUGGUGUGGGCUCCAAAUCUGUUAAGAUCUAAAAACAUUGAAGCUUCAUCUGGUAACGGAGACAUGGCUUUCCAGGAGGUGCGGAUACAACAGUCAGUGGUUGAGUUUAUUUUAAACCACACAGAUCAGAUCUUCAGCAGUGGUUCAGUGCAAAUCAAACCCAAAGAAGGACCGAGUUUGAUGUGUGGGGAGAAGUACGCCACGCUGCCCAUCAGUGGCCAGUGUGGGCCGAUGAAACUGAUGAGCCUGGAAGAAGCUCAGGCCCGCUCCUUAAGUCCGAACCAUCCUGUACAUAAAGAACGUCAGCGAGAGAACAGUCUCCCUGAUACCAGCACUGCCACGCUCUACCACACCGUCAUAGACAUAUCAGACAGCAAGAGAAAGUUUUCUGGAAAAUCAAAGAAGUGGAAGUCCAUCUUCAACCUGGGAAGGUCUGUGGACUCGAAGGGAAAACUGAGCCGGAACGGUAGUGUGUUCAUAAGAGCACAGGGGAUGACAGAAAAGGCAGCUCUGCGUCCAUCCAGAAGUAUGGAGUCUUUAUGCUCCUUACCAACAGAUGAUGACAGAACAGGAAACAACAGUCCAGCUGGUGGACCUGGCAGCAUUUUUGCUCCAGAUGUAAAAUCCAGAACACUGGGAUCUGACUCGCUCUAUGACCUGAGCGAACAUGACCAAAACUGGGAGUUUAAAGGGAAGAAAGAUGGCGGGGCAGCAGGUGGCUGGAGCUCUAGCAUGAACCAAAAAGAGUCACCAGGUGCUUCUGCACCCCCUCAUAAAACACUGCCAGAGCAACUGAAGGUGUUCAAAGGUGAUGACCUCAGCGGCUACAAGCCUACGUCUCCAAAAAACAGGAGGAUGUUGUACUCGGGCUCCUCCCACAACAGCUCGUCUCGGCCCUCCUUCCCAGGAAGCUUCUUCCCGCUUGAGUCCUCGCCAAGGCAUCAGCGGCGAGCCGUCAACAUAUCUGAGCCUUUUGCUGUUUCUGUACCCCUGCGUGUGUCAGCUGUUAUCAGCUCUAACAGCACGCCGUGCAGAGGGCCCGUCAAGGACAAAGCAGCUAGUCUGAAACCCUGCAAAGAGACCUCAGAGCAGAGCAGCAACAGUGGAAAGAGCAACACUUUCCCCCAACUGCAACCAAAGAAGCAGGAAGGAACGGAGAAGAAAAAUACAGAGGAGCUGACCUCUAGAGCACCGCCAGAGGAUACAAGCAAAGAAGCUGUGCCAGAAGGUCAAGGAGGGAUGAAUACUUCUGAACUGGAACUGCCGUCCCUUGCAACUGCAAGAGAAGGCGAAGAUGCAGUGCCACCUCCUGGGAAAGAAAUGCACAAGCAGCCCAUAGCUAUACAACUGCGCAAGGAAUGUCCCACUGGGAAAGAGCUGUGGUCUGACUUCCACCAAGAACUGAAGAUAACUGAACCUGAAAUUGACCUGCUGGACGAGACUUUUAAACCAGUUUUCAGCUCCAGGAGCAUUUCUGAGGGCGCAAAGUUAACGAUGGAUGUUAAGUCAAAGCGAAGCCGCAGCUCUCCGUCCCUUUCUUUGUUAUGUAGGGAGCAGUCUUCAAAUACCUCUCUGAGUGAUCACGCAAUCGCCACUGGAUCAGGCUCUGCAAAGAAACAACCCUCUGAGUCAGAUAUCUUAUUUUCUCUUCACAAAAACAUUGAUGCAAUCGAUGAUAGAAGCAGAGAAAAUGCCUGCCCUGCUGGAAUGGUGGAUGAGAAACAGAAAAAACUGCAUCUAAAAUUAAAACCCAUGAGCAAAGAUGAACCCGCUUAUACCAAGCGGUUCCAACUUGCUUUAAAGCAAUCAUGUUUAGAUAAAGUUACAAAUCCUUUGACAGCAGAGGAUUCCACAACAAUCGGAGGCUUCUCAGGAUCAGAUCAUUCAGACAAAUCACAGAAACAUGAAAUUCCUCAAGGCGACAAAAAAGUCUCCUGUGAUGGAGCAAAGAAGAGUGUGAUUCCUGAGUUGGAGGUUAUUCAGAGGCUUUCCGUGUGUCUGGAGGAGAGACGUAACGUGGAGCUGCCAAACCUUGACGAUGAGGAGGGAUGUGCAGGGAACUCGGAGGAGCUGGACUUGGUGGAGCCCUGGGAGGAUCUUAGCUCCACCAAGCAGUGGGUAACCAGCCCCCUCCACUCACCUGACAUAGAGGAGUUGUUUAACCAGCUGUCACCCUUCAGCUCUCGUGGGGAAACUCUGAGCCCAGAGGAGGGAAAGAUUUCAUCUCCUUCAGUUGAUAAUAACAAACAAUCUCCCAUGAAGAGCACUGAGCGCUUCUCGGGAAGCAUUCCUCAAACGUCCAGUUGCAAACCUGAAACUAAAUGGAUGUAUUUGCCGUCUGUACCUACACGGGUCGGCGUGAGCAGCAAUAACUCAACACAACCUCACACAGGAAAAUGCAGUUCAACAAAACAGAAGAAUACAGUGUCAUCUCAUAGGUUUUACAGACAGAUGUCUUACGAGGCAGCUGCUCCAGAGAAAAGAGAGGAGAACUGCUUUUACAAGCACAGGCCAUAUUCUCUUAAUUUAGACCUGGGGUAUAGAUGUAUCAGAGACAUUUCUAAUCAGCAAAACUGUAAUUCCUCAGAGUUUUCAUCUUGUCCGAGAGGAUUACUAACCUCGUCUGGGAAUGUAAACAACGGGCUGCCUUCUGAGUUGGAGUUGUUUCUGAAUGAUCGGCAGGCGCCUCUACGCCGAAAUUCAGCCCCGGUCAGUGUGUCAUCAGUGCGAACAGCCUUCAUGAUAAAAACAUGCCAGGCCAAAGCUGUGCCUGUCAUCCCUCCAAAGGUGCAGUACAGUCAGAUACCUCACUCCAGACACGAGAAGGAUUUUGAUGCAUUGAAGGAACAAGAAAAGGAAUGUCCUAAAAUGAGCGCAGAGAAAAGCAACGCUGCACCUCCUCAGAUGAUGUCAGAUCUAAAGGAGGAGCUGGAGAAUAAAGAGCCGGCCCCUAAACACCAAAAACACCCAAGUGUGGAGAAAUCUGCUGAGUCUGUGAAGACCACAUCUACUCCAGAACUGCCAGUCAUAACAAGGAGACACGCUCCCAGUCUGGAUGUGUUUGUAGAUUGUCCCAGACCUAACAGAGGGAACCUUCUACAAAGACCGUCCUUUAGGAACAGGCAGAGGCCUCAAAGUCUCAUCCUGCUCAGCCCGCCUUUUCCCAUCAUGGACUACCCACCGUCAGGGGACGAUGGCAAGCUCCUGUCGUCCAUCAAGGGCCUGAAUGACGCCUCAGCGGGCAAUGUCUUUUCCAAAGAGAUGGCGGAGAACUUCAGGACGGCGGAAGGGAUCACUCUUCAAAACAAAAUGACUAUUCCAAAAAGCGGACAGAGACUGGAAACAUCGACCAGCUGCUUCUAUCAGCCGCAGAGGAGGUCGAUGAUAUUUGACAGCAGGAGCCACAGGCAGAUUGAGUGACUGGAGGUGCAGUCAGUGAUUAUGAGACUGAAACAGUAUAUUAGGAAACCCGUUGUUAAUCACAGGGUUUUGUUUGCUAUGAUUAAAUUCGUUUCUUGAGGGACAAAGUUAUAGUUGAAAUACUGAUUCCUUUCACAAAAGUCCUGAAGCGUUUGAGAAAGAUUUGGUGAAGCCAUGGUGUAUGUAACAGCCAAUUAAGCAAUAAUUUUUUUCAAAAUAUUUGCCAUUAUCAAUUAAUCUGCUGAUUGUUUUCUUGAUUUGUAGAUGAAUUGUUUGGUCUAUAAAAUAUCAGGGUAUAGAAAAAAAAAAAAAUUCUCGUCACAAUUUCACAGAGCCCAAGCUAACGUCUUCAAAUGGUUGGUUUUGGCAAAAAAGUGGUCCAAAACCCAAACAUUCAGUUUAUUAUCAUAGAAGAUGUAAAAACAGCUGAUAUUCAAAUGAGAGAAGUUGGAACCAGUGACAAUCACACUUUUGCACAAAAAUUGUGUUAGAUUUAACUUAUAUCUGAGAUAUGGAAAUAAAAGUCUACCCUGUCAUCCACAGUAUGUGGUACUACACAGUCAUAGUACAUCACUGCCGGAUCUUCUCAGAAGAUUUAGAUAUUUAACUAAAAAAUUAGCUGCUGCCAUUUGGCACAAAAAGAAACACUGCCAGACUUUAUAUAGGACAUAUUCAGGAAGAUGGAGUGUGAAACCUUGACAAAAAAAAA